UUUCACUAAUCCUAGAUGCCGAUAAAUCAGGGGAUGAGGAGCACCAACAACUGUGAUUUCUAUGCAUCCCUGGAUGGUGGUUUAAAAGCUGUGACUUAUAUGCAGAGGCAUUUCCAAGCAUUUGAUUCUGAUGUUAUCGUCUCCGGUUUACAAAAAUGUGGCACUACUUGGCUCAAGGCCUUGACUUUCUCCACCUUGUACCGCAACCAGUUUGCAAAGGAUGAACAUCCAUUGCUCUCCUUUAAUCCUCACCCACUUUUUCGUUCCCUUGAGAGUUAUUUCUACUUGAAAAACCCUUGUCCCAAUCUGGAAAAUAUUAGUGUUUACAAGCCAAGGGCUUUUUCCACCCACCUCCCUUGUGCUUCCUUGCUCGCUUCCAUCAAAGAUUCCAACUGUAAGAUUGUUUUCGUGUGCAGAAACCCGAUGGAUAUGUUCAUUUCUCUUUGGUUUUUCCUUGACAAGGUUAGAGACAAAAGCAAAGAGUUAUUACCACUAGACGAAGCUUUCGACAAGUUCUUCCGUGGAAUCUUUCCGUUUGGACCGUUUUUCGAUCACGUAUUGGGUUAUUUGAAGAUCUUAAGGAAGACAUCGUUUCUCAGCUGAACCACUUGGACGUGUUCUUAGGAGUUCUAUUCACGGAGGAGGAAGAGAAUGAGGGAGUUGUUGAAGAAAUAGCCAAGAUUUGUAGCUUUGAUAACUUGAAAGAGCUGGAAGUGAACAAGAAGGGUAUAAACGAGUCUUUUGGGAUUCCAUACAAAGCAUAUUUCAGGAAAGGAG